AUAAGACCCUAGUUUAAAGAAACAUUAAAGGGCCGGGGGCCCCAGCCGGACCCAAAGGGCGAGGUGAGGUGCGGUGUGCAGCGGCGUUCCGACACAGCCCUCAGCGUACGGGUAUUUUGACACUUAUCUGUUGGCCGCCUGCCAAGCGGCUGUGCGGUGCGGCUGCUCACGUGCUCUCACAUUGUAAACAAACGAGAAAAAUAUUGCGCGAACUUUAAAAUUGCAAAAUAAUUGUUGACGUUUUUGUGGUGGAUAAAUUUUACAGUGAUUGUGACAAUGGAUUUGUCUUGUGGAGAGAACAUGCAGAACUCUGGCAACAGUGGCAACAGGCGACCAGUGGACAUGUGCGUGGCUGGUCCAGACCGAGCCCUGGACCGCGACCCUCGGAUAAUGCUUAAUCUCUUGGCCUUGGAAAGAUCUCACGCAUUACACACUGACUAUUUUCAAAAUGUACAAAUUGAUAUACAACCUUUUAUGCGAAAAGUGGUUACCACGUGGAUGUUGGAAGUGUGCGAAGAGCAGCAAUGUGAAGAGCAGGUGUUCCCGUUGGCCGUGAGCUACAUGGACAGAUUCCUGGCGCAGCGCGCUAUAUCGCGACAACAGCUGCAGUUACUUGCCGUCACAGCGAUGCUUAUUGCUUCCAAGUUUCGACAGUGCUAUCCGCUCUCUGUCGACUUGCUCUGCGCGUACACAGACAAUUCUGUCUAUCCACAUGAAGUUCGGCAAUGGGAAGUAAUGUUCCUGCAGCGGUUGAAUUGGCAGUUAUCAAUAGCGACUGCUUUUGAUUUUAUCGAGCCCUUACUUGCAAGAGUGCCGUGGGGUCGCGUAAAUCCCCUAGUGCGGACGCAUGCGCUGACAUUAACAUCAGUUUGCUAUACAGAAACCGAAUUUUUGCUGGUGCCGCCGUCGUUAAUUGCGAUAGCUUGCCUUACCGCGGCAGCCCGUGGCCUGCGAGUGCGCAUGUCAGUUAAUGACUUGUGCACGUUGACAAGAACAUCGCCAGCCGCGGCCGAGCUCGUGUCGCGCCACGUGGAGCGCGUGCUGGCGCGGGAGACGCAGCCGCAAGAGCCAAGAACGCGACACGCGCAGGCGUACAAGCAGGUCACACUAGAACAAACGCAGCUCCCAGACACGCCGACAGAUGUUCAAGAUGUGCAUUUUUGAUGUACUACAGCCCUUACCUGUCAAUUUGCAUCGUUUAAUUUUUGUAUUGUUCAGCAGUUUGAAUUUGAGUACAAAGUUGUUACUAAUUACUAAUGUUAACGUGAUAUAAUUGUAUAUGUUGAUGUCUUAUGUCAUUUUUGUUAGUACCUGUUGCACUGAAAUAUAGAGAAAAUAAAAUUAGACGCAGACUCAUUGCGUUCCCAUUAAUGGAAAAAAAAUGAGUAUAUAGUAAUGGCUGUAUUGAUGCAUUUUUUUCAUCGCACACCUGGGUGCAGGUAGAGAAAGAUUUUCGAUGCAUUCUCUUAUUUGCUAGAACGUGUAGUGGCAUAAAACAUAAAUUACAACUUGAUAUUUUAAAUUAAGUAGAAGAUUAAUUGUCCAUUGAUCUCAGAUUAUUUAUGUAUAGUGGAUUAGGGUAAAUAACUUUUAUUUAUGAUACACUUAAUUUGUUUAGUGUUAGUGCUGUACAUAUAUUUUGUUUGAGUGAGAUGUGAAUAGGUUUGUUUUUCAGCUGAUCUCCUAAAAACAUAAAGCACAAGCUGAUGUUAAGCGUUUUGUAAUAUAGGCAAAGUGUGUGAUUUUAUAAGCAGUGGUUGUAAAAAUCUACAAAAAAAACGAAAUAAAAACAAAUAAUCUAAAGUUGAAAGAAAAAUAAAUUACCUAUUAGUUUAUUAUAAACGUGUUUCGUCAGGAUUCCUGUGAACCAAAAGCUGCCAAUUGACGUGUUAUAUAAAGCGAAAUGAUAUUUUCAGGUAUAUUGGCUUUUAUAAAAUAUACAAUGUUUCAUGUACAUUCCAAUUAAAUAUUUAUAAAAUAUACUUAGAGAUUUGGUAUAUUUGUGUUGGGUUUUAAUGUGAAUUGUUUGUAGGACUGACGCCAAAUGUUGUUGAAUGGCAUACACGUUGCGUCGCCGCCGACCGUUGGUGACCGGUGCGGUUGUCAUUCUGUAAUAUUUGUGCACCAGAUCACCUUCAAUGCAAUUAUAAAUAGAACCACAGCAUAUUUUCUUACUAGUUGCGAUGUUAUUACUGGCGGACGCGUAUAAUGAUUCUGCGACACAAGAAUACCCGUUAUGAUGAAUUAUAUUUUGUAUCGUUUGUGUGUUGUUAUAUGAUAAGAUCUCAUUUUGUAGCAAAUUCCAAAUAACAUGCCUAAACGUGUGUAUUUACGUUUCAGGGCGUAAAUGUUAAAAUAAUGUAAUAUUUAUUUAGAAUGAUGUUAAGUUUUAUUAAAUUCUAGUCACAUGUUUAUCACAUUCCUGUUUUCGACCAAAUCUGUAAUUUAUAACACAUGUAGAUACCUUAUGGUAUAUAGGAGUAGUUGUAGUACAUUAUUGUAUGUAUUAGAUAAGUUUUAUAAUAAAAUACUCACCGAUAGCCGCUAUCACAUUUUGCGUUAGUAAAUAUUGUCAUAUAAAAAAUCAGAACAGCAUUUAUUGUGAAGAAGUAGAAUAAGAGAGAGACUUACGUAUAUUCGGCUAAUACAAGAGUCGUCAAGAUGCUACCGAGCGUUACGUUACGCGAUGUUAAUUAAACUAAUUAUAAUAAAUUAAUGGUCGAGCUUUCAACUUCUCUCUUAACUUUAUAUCAUUGUACCCAAACUUAAACAAUAUGUGUAGUAAUGUUUGAACAUUUUAACAUUGUAUGAAGAUUAUGAAUUGCUUUUAUAAUUGUGAAAUAUGCGGCAACAAUUGAACAUUUUUGUUCAUAUAGGCUAAUAAUUUCUACACGAUUAGUUCUAAUUUAUGAAAUUUAGUGUUAAGGAUAUUCUUAUUGGCAAGGUUUACAUGUAAAAUAUAUUAUACUAAAAUAAAACUUUUGAAAACUAUA